CGAAGCAAGCCGUCUCCAAGACGACGUUGACUGCAGGUGUGUGAAGGCCUGUGUGUCAGACUGACACGGCACAGUCGAUACCUUAUCAAAACAUUGGAUUAGUGCACAAUUGUCUCGGUGCUAAACCCGUAACAUUGAGGACUAUCAUCGUCUUUUGUAGUUACCAGCCUGUUCAAGAUGGUGUUGACAGACUUGCCGUUCAAUCGUCACCCCCUAAUGCACAGCCGCUACAUGUCUAUCAAGCGGCCUGGGAGCCCUCCACCAGAUUCAGAUGAGGAGGAUGAAAAAUCAAAAGAAGCCAAGGAAUAUGCUGCCUUCCUAAAGGAGACAGAGAGAAAGUGUGGACCAGAUGGCUUUUUGGAUUCCUCCAAGUACACUCAUACAUUUAAUGUAAAGGAAGGCAAGUCACCAAGGAGCCCAGGAGCCACACCACGCAGUGUCGUAGACUUGGCCCAGAAAAUUGAACAGGACCAGAAGGACUAUGAAAAGCGCAUCCGAUUAGUGGAGGAUCACAUGUGGCAACACAAGCAGGAGGAGCGAGAGCUGAAGAGAGUUGAAGGAGAUAUUAUCAAAAAUCAAAGAUCUGUCAGGAGGUCAUUGAAAGAUUUUGAACAAGCUAUUGCUAAGAAAAGAUUUCUAGAGGAUCGCAAGUUUAACCAAGGAAUGGAAAAAUACACUAACUUGCAGCGAGAUCAUGUUCACCAGAAAGAGGAGCUUACAAAACAAAGAACUGAAAAAUCAAUUAGUUUUGAUAACUCUCUCAAGGAUAAGGGAAGAAAAGUUGAGCUAGCCAAGUCAGAUCUUGCUCGUAAGUAUAAAAGCAAAAUGAGUGAGAUGGAACUACGAAGAAUAGAACUGAUGAAAAUUCAACAAGAAUUUGAUCUGAAGAUGAAAAAGAAAGAGGAAGAGCAGUUUCGGCUAAAGCAAGAGCUAGCAGAACUGUCCAUAUCUUUAAAUAUGGAGGCUCAGAAAGGCAGAUCUAUCAAGGAGGAUGCCCAGAGAGAUAGCAAGAAGGAGAACAAGCAGCGAAUAGAUGAAGAUCUGACAAUGCAAAGGACUUUAGAUCACAAACUGACGAAAAGUGAUUCCAAUGUAAAAACAGCUCUGAUGAACCGCCGUAAACUGAGUGCAGAUCUCACCCUGACCAAGGCUCACCUCAAUUUGAAAGGAAGAGAAGAGGGGCGCCAUUUACAAGACACACAGAUUAGACUUGAGGACAACAGCAAUAUUCAACGCCAGCUCAAUCAGGCAGCACUCCAUGCAGAGUUAGAUCUCAAGGCCAAGCAAAUUGAGCAGAACUUACAUGCUCAUGAUGCCAGAAAAGUAUCAAGACUGAGGCAAGCAGUGAAGGAGAAGAAGGAAAAGAGUGAGAUAAUGGAGAACCAGUACUCAGAGAGAUUCCAGAAAAGGUUUAUUGAGGCAAGACGAAGGGAACAUGAAGACCAUCUUAGACAUUUUCAGAAAACAGUAACUAAAGCAGAAGAGUAUGAGCACAGCUUAUACAAUAAAGUACGAGAGGCAGAGUAUGCCAGGCAGAAACAGGAACAAACGGUGCGCAGACUACAGAACAAGCUUCUGGAAGCUAAGAGGAAGAAUGCUGUGAAACUAAAAGAAGAGAUGGUGACCAUUCAGAAACUGGAGGAGGAGUUACAGCAGGAACUGGUCAGGGAGAAGGCAGCACUGGAUAAGGUGCAUGCCAGGAGAGAAGAGAGUUACAUACAGCUACAGAAACACAGACAAACCAUGCGGGAGGACAAACAUAACCUCAACGAACAUGAGCGUGAGCACAUGCGCUUGCUGAGGGUGGGAGCAAAAUCUGAAACAUUUCUCACAGAGAGCUAUUGACAAUCAGCAUGCAUAACAUAAACAGCGCUCUGAAUUCCUAGGUGAUGUUAUGAAAUUGCCAAGUAUUGAAAACAAUAAUGAAAUUUUGCUCAAUAAGAAAAAAAAUCCACAGGUAUAUGGGCAUGUUUACCUUAAUGCUUUCUGUAAAAGGCACACAAAAACUGACCUCAUCAAAUAUGUUGUGAUGCAUACACAGGUCAAGGGUCAGCUCACCAUAUUAUCUCAGUGUGAUUAUUCUCGAUUGUCCAUACAAAAUAUAUGUCUUCACGUCUGUGUGUCACAUGUAUUCUCCUUCAGGGGUCUGGGACCAUUUCAUCCCAGACAGGUGUCUGUCAGUGGGCAAGCCAGUGAAAAAGACGGGAAAAAAUUACACAGUUUGCAAGUCUUAAGUGACCCAACCAAGGAGAACAUUGCUCGCUGCCAUAUCCUCCAUAAAUUACCACAUUUCAGUUUGUAAUAAUGGCUGUCUGUGCUGUGUGGCUGGAGGGGGUUGAAGGGUUGGAUGGAGACAUCUUCCUGUCCAUCAUAUCGGGGAUUUUGGUCAUAUUGGCACAAACCCUUUUUUGACCAGUAGUGAAAAGUCUGAUCCAACAGUGGCUGGAUAGAAUGAGAUAAAUGGGUCUCAGUCAUACACGUCAUUGAGGUCCCAAAUAAAAAUUCAGUUCCAGUAAGUUAACUUGGCUGAGGGUGGAGCUUUCUGAAACUUUUCAUGUCCAUGUAGUAGAAGCAAGACAAGGUAUCAAUCAAUUUUAUUUCAAUUGAAUGCAGUCAACUUUCAUAACACAAUCUGCCCAUGUUGAAAUAUACUAGUGAUGUUGUGUCCAGAUAUUUUAAGCUGUAAGGAUUCAAGAGAGAGAGAGAGAGAGAGAGAGAGGAAUACUUUUUUUUAUUUUGCAAAAUGAGAAAAAAAACUUCUCAAUCAGUGCCUCUUCAAAAUGAAGUCUUAAAUUCUCACAAUGGUGAAAAAAGUAAAUAGUAAAACUUUUAAAAGAUGGGUAAUUGGAACUAGAGUGUGGGUAUAAUUCUGAUAGAUAAAAGAGUGAGGAAAAAUGUGUUCAAAAUAGCACACCAUGUGUGUAUGAAGUUGUAGCUUCAGCUGGCUGGCCCUGUGGUGACAGGUUAAGUGGUAGGCCCAUCCCACCUUGUUAUUCCUGCACAGACAGUGUGGCAGGGUCAAAUAACUUGUCGUCAUGGUUAUCAGGCCCCAACCACAGCGCGGACCCUCACCUGAUAACAACCUCGAUAGUGUCAGCACAGACUUAACAUUUCUUAACAGUUAAUUUAAGUCAUCGAUCAUUAAGAGAUUUAGGAAAUAUUUGUGUGAGGAACGGUGUCCAUUAAGUGACAACCUGUGUCUUAUUUUGAGGUCACCUUUUGUUUAGGAAUGAAGCAUGCAGAUAGGUUUUGUGGUGUAGGAGGAAGCCAUGUUUUCUUCAACCCUCCCCCAUCCCCAUCUCAUCUCAGUUUCUUUGAUAUUGAUGUCCUGUAUUAAAUGCAUGAUAUUACAUCAAAUUCUAGAUCUGUGAGAACAUUUAGGUAACUUUAAAAAGGUGUGGCCUUGAUGUGUAACUGAAAUCUCCCAAGGAUGUUACCUUUUCAUUGUACCAAUGCUAUUUUAAUUCACCAAUCAAAUGUCUUUUUUCCAGUGAUUAUACUGGUAUAUGUGUCCUUAUUAUACUAUUAUGCCAAACAAUUAAUACUUUAUAUAUAUAUAUAUAUAAAUUACACCAGACACAAUAUAAAUGGACAUUUUAUUUAUUAUUCAUCCCCACCCAAACUCACCUACACUCACUACAUCAACAUGUAAAACCCUCAACGGCUUAUAUCAUUUUUGUUGAAUUUACAUUAAAUCAUGUUUUAGAAAAUCAUUUUAAUCAUAAAUCAUCAGUUGUUUGCUACAUACUGUACAAAGGUACUAGUAUCACUUUAAUGAUCAUGUCAUGAUUUAGAGGUAGUUGACAAUCAUAAAGUUCUAAGACUGAGGGCAUGUCUACAAUAUUUGAAACAAUGGUGCGUCGCCGUAGAGAACUUAAAGAUUACUGGUACAGUGUACCCUAGUAGUAUGUAAUGCUUAUAAUUGAUUAAGUUUUUCAUGCUAUACUAAUGCUGAAUUAUUAUUCAUGAAUUUUACUGUUUUUAUUAGAUUUUUAUUAUAUAACUUUCUUUUCUCUUUUAUUUUGAUACAAGAUCUGUUAUUUUGGCGAUGAAUUUGAAAUUUGUUGUAAGAUUGAAAAAAGUGAAACGUGUGAAUAAACAUUGUGUUUGAACGCAAUAAUUUUUGAA